AUGGACCAUGUCGACCCUGUCGCCAUCACUCAGAAGGUCAUCUCCGGUGUCUACGGCGGUGUUACGACUGUGCAGCUUGAUGACUUGGCCGCUGAAACUGCCGCCUACAUGACCGUCACCCAUCCCGAUUACGCUAUCCUCGCUGCUCGUAUUGCAGUGUCCAAUCUCCACAAGCAGACCAAGAAGCAAUGGUCUUCUGUUGUCAGCGACCUCUACCACUACGUCAACCCCAAGAACGGCCGUCUGUCUCCCAUGAUUGCAAAGGAGACGUAUGAUUGCGUCAUGAGACACAAAGAGGAGCUUGACUCUGCCAUUGUCUACGACCGUGACUUCAACUACCAAUACUUUGGCUUCAAGACUCUGGAGAGAUCAUAUCUUCUUAAGCUUGACGGCAAGAUUGCCGAAAGGCCGCAGCAUAUGAUCAUGCGUGUCGCCGUUGGCAUUUGGGGUGAUGACGUCGAGCGCGUCAUCGAGACCUACAACUUGAUGUCUAGCAAAUGCUUCACCCACGCCUCGCCUACUCUGUUCAAUGCUGGUACGCCUCAGGCUCAACUGUCAUCAUGCUUCCUCGUCGAUAUGAAGGAGGAUUCCAUUGAGGGUAUUUACGACACCCUCAAGACCUGCGCCAUGAUCUCCAAGAUGGCUGGUGGCAUUGGCCUCAACGUCCAUCGCAUCCGUGCUACCGGCUCUUAUAUUGCUGGCACUAAUGGUACUUCUAACGGUGUCACUCCCAUGCUCCGCGUCUUCAACAACACUGCUCGCUACGUUGACCAGGGCGGCAACAAGCGCCCUGGCGCUUUUGCCAUCUACCUUGAGCCCUGGCACGCCGAUGUCUUUGAGUUCUUGGAUCUCCGGAAGAACCAUGGUAAAGAAGAGGUCCGCGCUCGUGACCUCUUCCUUGCUCUCUGGAUUCCUGAUCUAUUCAUGAAAAGAGUAGAGAAGAACGGCGACUGGACUCUCAUGUGCCCCAAUGAAUGCCCUGGCCUUGCCGAUUGCUACGGCGAGGAAUUCGAGGCUCUGUACGAGAAGUACGAGCGCGAGGGCAAGGGCCGUAAGACCCUCAAGGCUCAGAAGGUCUGGUAUGCCAUUCUCGAGGCGCAGACUGAGACUGGUAACCCUUUCAUGCUCUACAAGGAUCACGCCAACCGCAAGAGCAACCAGAAGAACCUCGGUACCAUCCGCAGCUCCAACCUUUGCACUGAGAUCAUUGAAUACUCAGCUCCUGAUGAAGUCGCUGUUUGCAACUUGGCCUCUCUUGCCCUGCCUUCUUUCGUUGAUUACAACGAGGGUGUUUAUGACUUCCAGAAGCUCCACGAAGUCACCCAGGUCGUUGUCCGUAACCUCAACAGGAUCAUCGACGUUAACCACUACCCCGUCCCGGAGGCUCGCAACAGCAACAUGCGCCACCGGCCUAUUGGUCUCGGUGUACAGGGUCUUGCUGAUGCUUUCCUAGCUCUGCGCAUGCCCUUCGAGUCUCCAGAGGCGCGUGACCUCAACAAGAAGAUUUUUGAGACUAUCUACCACGCUGCCCUCACAAUGUCAGUGCAGCUGGCAAAGGAGGAGGGUACCUACUCCUCUUACGAAGGCUCCCCUGUUUCCCAGGGUAUUCUCCAGUAUGACAUGUGGGGAGUAAAGCCCUCUGACUUGUGGGACUGGGAUUCUUUGAAGGAGCAGAUCAAGCAGCACGGCGUCCGCAACAGCUUGCUCGUUGCACCCAUGCCUACUGCCAGCACCUCGCAGAUCCUGGGUAACAACGAGUGCUUCGAGCCCUACACAUCCAACAUCUAUCAACGCCGUGUUCUCGCUGGUGAGUUCCAGGUCGUCAACCCAUGGCUUCUCAAGGACCUCGUCGACAUGGGACUGUGGUCCGAUGCUAUGAAGAACCGCAUCAUUGCCGAAAACGGUUCCGUUCAGAACAUCCCCAAUAUCCCUGCUGAGGUUAAGGCUCUGUACAAGACUGUCUGGGAGAUUUCCCAGCGAACUGUUGUGCAGAUGGCCGCUGAUCGUGGUGCCUUCAUCGACCAGUCCCAAUCCCUCAACAUUCAUAUGAAGGAUCCGACCAUGGGUAAGAUCACCAGCAUGCACUUUGCGGGCUGGAAGCUUGGUCUUAAGACGGGCAUGUACUACCUGCGUACCCAGGCAGCCGCUGCUCCCAUUCAGUUCACUGUGGACCAGGAGGCGCUUAAGGUUGCCGACAGCAAUAUCAGCAGCAAAGUCCUUAACAAGAAGCGUGCUCCUCCCCCUGGCCACAUCUCUUCGCCUGUUUCAUCCGUCCCCAGGCCCAUGUACGCGAAGAAGGAAGACGGCGCUGCUCAGGAUAACGGCAUUCCUACCCCCAGCGUUACCCCUCCCCCUCGAUCAGCCCCUGCUCAGAAGCCUGACAGCAUGAAGGCUGAUGUUCAGGAGGGUGACAGCCCUCGUACUCUUCCCACGGAGCCUGCCGAGAAACUCAAGAUCGAGGAGCUUCAGACCCCGGGAAGCAAGACCCCUGAUGCCGAAGACAAGGCUGAAGACAGCAAGGAGCGCGAGUUGGAUAUUUAUUCUGAGGCUGUUCUUGCAUGUGAGUUGCUCUCUAUUCCUUUGUUUGAAACCAAACCUGACAUCCAAUUAGGCAGCAUCGAGAACCCUGAAGCCUGCGUCAUGUGCAGCGGCUAG